AUGGCAGAAUCCCACCUGCAAUCAUCCCUGAUCACAGCCUCACAGUUUUUCGAGAUCUGGCUUCAUUACGACGCUGAUGGAAGUGGUUACCUGGAGGGAAUGGAGCUGCAGAACUUGAUCCAGGAGCUCCAGCAGGCUCGAAAGAAGGCUGGAUUGGAAUUAUCACCUGAGAUGAAAACUUUUGUGGAUCAGUAUGGGCAGAGAGAUGAUGGAAAAAUAGGAAUUGUAGAGUUGGCCCAUGUAUUACCCACAGAAGAGAAUUUCUUGCUGCUUUUCCGGUGCCAGCAGCUGAAGUCCUGUGAGGAAUUCAUGAAGACAUGGAGAAAAUAUGAUACUGAUCACAGUGGCUUCAUAGAAACUGAGGAACUUAAGAACUUUCUAAAGGAUCUGCUGGAAAAAGCAAACAAGACGGUUGAUGACACAAAAUUAGCUGAGUAUACAGACCUAAUGCUGAAACUAUUUGAUUCAAAUAAUGAUGGGAAACUGGAAUUAACUGAGAUGGCCAGGUUACUACCAGUGCAAGAGAAUUUUCUUCUUAAAUUUCAGGGAAUCAAAAUGUGUGGGAAAGAGUUCAAUAAGGCUUUUGAGUUAUAUGAUCAGGAUGGUAACGGGUACAUAGAUGAAAAUGAACUGGAUGCCUUACUGAAGGAUCUGUGUGAGAAGAAUAAACAGGAACUGGAUAUUAAUAAUAUUCCAACAUACAAGAAGAGCAUAAUGGCUUUGUCGGAUGGAGGGAAGCUCUACCGAACAGAUCUUGCUCUCAUUCUUUGUGCUGGAGACAACUAG